AUGUCGCCGCCAAAGUACUUGACCGGUGACAAAGCCGGUAUCGAAGAGUUCCUGUCGAGAUUCGAUGUCUUCCUCUUCGAUUGUGAUGGCGUCCUCUGGUCCGGAGAUCACCUCUAUCCUAAAGUCGCAGAGACAAUCGGAAUGUUGAGGAGUAAAGGAAAACAACUUGUGUUUGUGACGAAUAACAGCACAAAGUCUCGGGCGGAUUAUAAGAAGAAGUUCGAUAAGAUGGGCAUCGAAACCAACGAAGAAGAAGUCUUCGGUUCGUCCUACAGCGCCGCCGUUUACAUCGCCCGAAUCCUCAAGCUCCCGGCUCCCAAGAACAAAGUAUUCGUCCUUGGCGAAUCGGGUAUCGAACAAGAGCUUAAUGCUGAAGGUGUUCGUUAUAUUUGCGGCACAGACCCAGCUUUCCGCCGCGAUAUCGAACCCGAGGAUUUCACUAACAUUGCGAACGGUUCCGCAUUAGAUCCUGAGGUGGGUAUCGUGCUGAGUGGACUAGACUUCCACUUGAAUUACCUGAAAAUGGCAACGGCAUUCCAGUACCUUCAACGCGGGGCAGUGUUCCUCGCGACGAACACGGACAGUACCCUUCCAACGGCACAUUCCCUAUUCCCCGGAGCAGGGUCGGCUGGUGCAGGUUUGGUUAAGGCAAUAGGCCGGGAACCUUUGGCUCUGGGUAAACCAAGUCAAGCAAUGAUGGAUGCGAUUGAGGGCAAAUUCCACUUCGACCGGAGCAGAACGUGCAUGGUCGGAGACAGGUUGAACACGGAUAUCCAGUUUGGCAUCGAGGGCAAGCUGGGAGGCACACUGGCCGUGUUGACUGGUGUCAGCAAGAAGGAGGAGUUUCUUGCGGAGGGAGCGCCGACUGUGCCUAUGGCGUACAUGGAUACGCUGGGCGAUUUGGUAGGUUAA